ACCCGCCGAAGAAAGAAGCGGCCACCGCACUGCCACGACUUGUGUUGCUGCCCUCCAUGAAUAGCCCUUCUUCCGAUUCCCCAUUCGCAAAAUCAGACAGAGACAGAAAAAGAACCCCUUCCGUUGUUUCUAACCCGCCACUUUCCCGAGAAAAUUCCCCGAGAAAGGGGAAGAAAAACACCAAGAGAAACCCUAGAAAGCACCAAAAUCCAAAACAAACUCAAUCCCGAUCCCGAUCCGAUCCAACGAAAUGGAUCAUUACAAGGUUCUCGGCCUGCACCGAACCGCGACCAAGGAAGAGAUCAAAGCGGCGUUCAAGAAGCUAGCGUUCCAGUUCCACCCGGACAAGCAUUCGCAAUCGCCGAAGGCCGUUCGGGAAAAUGCCACACUUCGAUUCAAGCAGGUCUCCGAGGCCUACGAGGUUCUGAUGGACGAUCGCAAGCGCGCCGAUUACAAUUUCCGGCGGAGCUCCGGCGCCGGCACCGGAAACAACUACUAUUCUCAGUAUAGCUACGGAUACGGUAGGAGUGGGAACAGUUAUUAUGAGUAUAAACCUAGGUCUGGUGGCGGCGGCGGCUUCGCGUCCAAGUUCGAACUCGCGUUUCGGAUUUUGACGGCGCGGUCAUCGCUUCUCAAUCUCGGCUUCGCAGCAGCUAUAUUAGGUGGGAUAGUUGUCAUUGAUUCAGGUGGAGAAUCCUUAUGGAGAAUGCAAAAUUCUGGGAAAUCUUUUGAAGAAGCUCUGAAGUCCAUUGAGAAGGCCAAACCGUAUAAAGAAGAUAACAUCGAGGAAGAUCCUUGAUUGAAUUUGUUCUUGUUUCACCUGCCACUUGAAAGCUUCAUCACGUAUAAUAAAUAACGAAUGAUUAAGCUUUCAUUUUUUGGGGUUGGUUGCAAAAAGAGUAUUGAGAAGUGCGAUUGUUCUUCUCAGUUACUUUUGUUGUCUCGUGUAAUUUUUCCUGUUUGUUAGUGUUGUGACUAAUGGACUUGAAUUGGUCACAUUGGUGUAUCGAGAGACGAGUGAUCGUGAGGACCUAUCAACUGUGGAGGCUAUCAGGCAAAUGAAUAUGGACUGGCAUUGGACCGAGGCAAAAGAACCAAAAUGAAACCCAAACUCUUCAAAGUUUGCCAUGCCACGUAUGUGAGAGGAAUUUGGUAGUGGAGGACUGUGUGGAGAGUUCGUUGUCAACUCUGAUAUUUUCUGUACUGCAAAUAUUUAAGAAUUAGCAGCUAUAAACCAAUAAUACAGCAAGAGUAAUGCAGCAA